AUGGCACCUAAACGCAAGCGGGCUGGCACCGCAGGCUCCAAUGCCGCCGAGGUAAACAACGAUCUUACUAAGGACGCGUCCGGAGAGGACACCACUCAACAAACACCCCAGAACCUCAAGACGUCCAGAUCGCAAGAGAACAACAACCAAGAUCUGCCUAACAAGCGAUCUCGCUCAGAAAACAACACCCAGGAUGAUGAUGAAGAGGAAGAGCAGGACCUUGGUGUCAACGGUGAAGCUGGCACCAUGAAGAUGGAGGCUCCUCCCAAGGCUGGCUUGGUUGAUCCUGUUGGCUACAAGACCAACCCUCCUCCUGAAGGCCGCCCUGUGCGCAUCUAUGCUGAUGGUGUCUUUGACUUGUUCCACAUGGNNGGUAUGCAGCUUGCCCUUGUAUCUCUCCGAAACAGCCCAUUAACAGCUCCUAGACACAUGCGCCAGCUCCAACAAGCCAAAACCGCCUUCCCCAACGUACAUCUUCUCGUCGGUGUCACCGGCGACAAAGAGACCCACCGCCGCAAGGGUCUCACGGUGCUGAGCGGAAAGGAACGCGCCGAGACAGUGAGACACUGCAAAUGGGUGGACGAAGUCAUAGAAGACUGUCCCUGGAUUGUCGAUGUCGAGUUCCUCGAGAAGCAUGAGAUCGACUAUGUCGCUCACGACGACAUUCCCUACGGCGCCGACGAGGGCGAUGAUAUCUACAAGCCAGUCAAGGAAAAGGGCAUGUUCCUGGUUACUCAGCGCACCGAGGGUGUCAGCACCACUGGAAUCAUUACAAAAGACUACGAACAAUACAUCGCCCGUCAGCUCAAACGUGGCACCACUCGCCAAGAGCUCAACAUUUCGUGGCUCAAGAAGAACGAGCUCGAUAUCAAGCGCCACGUCGCCGAGUUGCGCGACUCGAUCCGCACAAACUGGACCGCAACUGGUCAAGAGCUCGGCAAGGACCUUAGACAAUUCUGGCAGCCCAGCAGACCCAACAGCCCCGCCCGUGGCCUCUCGACUCCUGAUCGCCUUGGUUAUAACUUGCGCCAGGGCGCUUCGAGAGGUAGCAACAGCGAUUUUGCUGCCGGCUACACUAUGGGUCUUCUCGGCAGCGUUCGCAGCUGGAUGCAACGCAACCGCAGAACACUUAGCGACGGCAGACCCGAUAGCCCUGAUAGCGGCGAGGACAGCUCUGACUUGCUAAGAAGCCCUGCCGAGCCGGCUAGAGGCCGCCCAGGCCAUGUUCAAGACGAGGUGGACGCCCAGGUUACCCACGAAAUGAACUAG